UCCAAACUGACCCCUGCCCUUCCACCGUCAUGCGACCCUGACGAGUCUCACGUUUUCCCGUCUGUGACCUCGGAGUGUCGGUGCUCAGACUCGUCUUAAUCUGAAUGAAAAAACGCUGGAAAUUGUUCAGAAAAAAUCUAAUUUAGUGAAAACCGCCCGGCGGCUGCCAGAGAAUCUUUGGCCGUACUUCAGCGAGGUUAGCCGGGCUACCACCAGGGGAAGUGAAGAGGAAACAUGGCUUCCGUGGAAGAACUGUCCCCGGCGUCAGGCCCGGUGUCUGCUCGGCUUCGAGAAGAUGAGAUAGACGACGAUGAAGAUGAAGAUCUGGAUGAGACCCUGGUGGAGAGGCUGUGGGGUCUGACCGAGAUGUUCCCGGACACAGUGAGGACAGCUGCGGAGACUUCUGCGCAGUGCUCGGUCUCCGUGUUAAAGAAGUUUUACAGCUUUUCCCGCUCGGCGCUGUGGGUGGGGACGACCUCCUUCAUGAUCCUGGUGCUGCCGGUGGUGUUUGAGACGGAGCGGCUUCAGCUGGAGCAGCAGCAGCUGCAGCAGCAGAGACAGAUCCUGUUAGGACCCAACACUGCGAUGUCGGGCGGGAUGCCCGGCAUGAUGCCUGCUGCACCUUCCAUAGGCAAAGUGUAAGGAGCAGGAGAAAUCUGGGGAAAUCUGCCUAGCAACAGCGCUCUGAUUUGCCUCUCUCCUUGUUCUCAACAUCAUGCAGAGACUGAAAUCCAGGAGCAGCUUUCGCUUCUGUCAACUCGUUUGUUUUUUUAAAGAAAUACUGAGAGCAAAUGUUUGUUGGAUCAGAGUCGGGACGGUUGUGGACGUUGUCUGAAGUCUGAUCAGUGUUUUUGUUUUUAGAGGUUCUGUCCUGGUAGGUAGAAACGUUGCGUUGGUAUAAAUGAUGUUUUUUUUUUUUUUCAUUAAUUCUAUGUAAAAUUCUUUUUUUUUUUCUUGUUGCCAUUUAAGGAGAAAGUCUUAUGCUUAAACAUGUGUCACUUCUCUUUUGACUGCAACAAUUAAAACCCAUUGAAAUACCUUAAAUGACUUUUGGGGAUUUGAUCACCUGCUCAGGUAAACCUGAGAGAAAAACCUUCGUCAGGUGAAUUUGGCGGUACGUUUGACAUGUAGCACUCUACCAUCUCCACUGUGAGACACGGCGGUGGCAGCAUCAUGGUGUGGGAAACAUGAGCAGAUGCAAUGAAGCUGGUAAGAUUUGAAAUGAUGAAAUUUCCUCCUUUAAGGCAAUAAAGUUUAUUUAUUCCUGGAGAAAUAAGAUUUACAUAUAUUUCUGUCCAGCAUUCACACUAUUAAUUGCAAAACUUUGCUACUAAUUGUAUUUAUAAAUGCAGUGAAAAUAGAAAGUUAAACCUAGAUUGAUCAGAAUGACUUCUUUCUGUUAUUGCAUGUUUUUAUUACAAAACAUAAAAAGUCAUAAUAAAGGUUUAUUACAAUGAU